GUUGUGGCCUCAGAGCGGCUCGUGUUGUUGGUGGAUGACAGCUGUAAACAGGCUCCAGUGAAGCUCGGAGGCACUUUGAGGAACAACCAAACGGUAAAGAGUGAAGCAAGAGCAGCCCAAAAUGGCGAGUGGUAGAGCCGUGGCCCACUGUGGGCUGGUUCUGCUGAGUUUGUGGCUGUGCAUCCAGUCAGUGCCGAUCAGUGUCGACAAGACCAAAGAGAAGCCUCAAGAGGACAAGCUGGAGCCACCACAGAGUGCCGAGACCGGGCUGCACUACGACCGCUACCUCAGGGAAGUCAUCGAGUACCUCGAGAAAGACCCCCACUUCAAAGAAAAGCUCAAAAAUGCCAACAUGGAUGACAUCAAGCUGGGCAAACUUUCCAAAGAGCUGCACUUUGUCCACAACAAUUUUCGGACCAAGCUGGACGAGCUGAAGAGGGAGGAGAUGGGCCGGCUGCGGAUGCUCAUCAGAGCCAAACAUGACAUCCAGGGGGGGAACGGCCGGACAGUGGACCACCAGGCCCUGCUGAAACAGUUUGAGCACCUCAACCACCUCAACCCCAACACGUUCGAGGUGGAGGACCUGGACCAACUCAUCCAAUCGGCGACCAAAGACCUGGAGAACUACGACAAGGACCGCCACGACGAGUUCAAGAGGUACGAGAUGACGAAGGCGCACGAUAGGAAGGAACGUCUGAGGAACAUGAAUGAGGAGGAGCGCAAGCGGGAGGGGCAGCACUACGAGGAGAUGAGAAAGAAACACGCCGAGCAUCCCAAAGUUAACCACCCUGGCAGUAAAGACCAGCUGAAGGAGGUGUGGCAGGAGUCAGACGGGUUGGACCCAGACAACUUUGAUCCCAAGACCUUCUUCAAAAUGCACGACAGCAACGGAGAUGGCUUCCUGGAUGAGAGCGAGCUCGAGGCUCUCUUCACUAAAGAGCUGGAGAAGGUGUACUCCCCGGGAAAUGAAGAGGACGACAUGCUCGAGAUGGAGGAAGAGAGGCUGCGAAUGAGGGAGCACGUUAUGAGUGAGGUGGACACCAACAAAGACAGACUCGUGUCACUGAGCGAGUUCCUGGCUGCCACUCAGAAGGAGGAGUUCUUGGAAAAAGACGAGUGGGAGACUUUAGAUCAAAAACCCCUUUACACCGAGGAGGAGCUGAGAGAGUAUGAAAACCACCUGGACAACGAGGAGAACGACAUCCACAAGAAGUCAGAGGAGCUGCAGAAACAGAGGGAGGAGCUGGAGAGGAAACAGGAAGAACUUAAUGCUCAGAAGAUUGGGCUGCAGCAGGCGGUAGAAGAAGUCCAAAGGAUAAAAUCUGUGGUCAAAGAGCCGGACGCUGCUGGAGCCGCAGGUGAACCUGCACCAGUUGUACCAGCAAACAGUCAACCGCUUCCCGCUGGUCACCAGCAGAAAGACGUACCGGUGCCGGGACACUCUUAGCAGACCUCAGGGCUCUGUGUGAAUGCCAGUGAGCGUGCGUGUUUGCCUUGUAAUGAUUCCAAUUUUCCAUUAUUUGUUCAGGAUUUUCAAAACACCACUUGACAAAAAAAUCUAUGCCUAAAUAUUAAGAGCACGUUUAGAAAAUGGCGAUUUCAGGCUUCAGUGCCCAUUACGCUGAAUGUGGGCGGCAUGAAUCCCAAAUGUGAAGCCGGUCCAGUGUUCUUGGUCAACAAUCAACCCUUUUGUUUUUGUCAUUUCGGUCCUUUUAUCACAGCAAGGACUCUGUUCUCCAUGGGAAGUGUUUUGGGGUGAAACGGUGGGGGGUGAAUGUUUUGUUUUGUGCACACUGUAGUUCAUUGUCACUGAUAUUGUUUCGUAGCGGAAAUACUUUGAAAAAUAUGCAUUUAUUCCAUUAAACUGAGCUGAAUAUUUCAUAAACGUGAAUGUCAGACACUUAACUUCACGUUAUGCUGCUGGCUAAACAAUGAAACGGUCAGAUUUACAUUGUUCAUGUAGUAAUGCAUGAAUAAUGUAUUCCAAAUAUUAACUCAGAGGAGCAAACAUCCUGGAUCUGUGAAAUGGUGUUUCUUUCUUUAAUAACUUGCAUGUCACCGUGUUAAUUUCACGUGUGAUCAUGUACUGUAUAUGCAUGUUGGUACAUGUCAGUCGAUCUCAACUGUUCUAGAAGCUCUUAGGAGUCCACAACGAAACAGCAUCCUUAUUUUAUUUGUUAUCUUUGUUUUGGUUACAAAGUUUAUACUUGCAUAAAAUGCAUCUAUCUUUAGGACCAAAUGAUUGAAUAACAUGAAGUUUACAGAUAAAGUCACAUAAUUAUAUAUUUAAAUCUAUUAAUGUAAUAUAAUUGUGCUGGUGUUAGUGACAAUUGUAUGAAUUCCAAAGCUGCUGUAUCUGUGCAGAGAGCUUGUCUGUUUUCAUGAUAGAAUCAUUUUUAAUUUAUUUAUUCUCCACACCACUGUAAAUGAAACCGUAGCAGGUCGAGAUGGGAAACUUAAACUGGAUUAUAUAUGAAUAAAUAUGUUUAUCUUUUGAGCUAUUGAGGUACAACUGACUGGUUGAUAUUAUAUUCCUUAUCAAAGAGCAGUUAUAUCUUUCCCACAAUCCGACAUCCUGUGUGAGGAAUUCAUGAAGCUGUACAAGGUUUGAAUGUGGACAAUAAAAUGAAUGAACUUGCAGGUC